UCAUGGAAAAGCAUUCGUGUGGCCAUAAAAGGUUCUUUCUCAACAUAUGAGGAUGCAAGCAAAAAGCUUAACAAAGUGCAGUACAGAUCGGACCUCAACUCUGAGAGUGAUGCUGGAAAAAGAACGCGUGCUGGUCCUCAGCAUCUUCUUGAUGACUACACUGGGGUGCCAGGAAUAGGAAAUUGCAACCGCGAAGAAAUGUGCCAGUCAAGGGAGCUAAAGAAAUCCUUGCCACGUGAAGAAUAUCAACGCCAGACGUUGCGGUUGUUACAUAUGAUGCGGCUAACUGUGAUGCAGCAUGGUGAGCUGCUGCAGGAUCUCUGCUCCCACCGCAUUGACAUACAUGAGGCCCGCCCCGCGCUAGUCCAGGAACCAUUCGUCUGCUCGCAGGCACUGCAAGAGUUCAGCAAUUCCCUCAACAAUUCGAAGACUGCUCAGCUGAGGCAGUCCAGGGAAAUGCAAAAACAAGCGGGGCUACAAAGGUCGAUGUUGACUCCUAAAGAAAAGCGAAAGCAGCAAGACCUGAAGAGUGCUGAAGCAUACGUCUGA